UGGACCUGCAGGCUGCCAGCAGGAGGGGUGCAGGGAGGGGUGAUAGAUAAAUAAAUAACCCUAUAAAGGAUGCAUUGAGAGGGUGUGUGUGUAGCCAAGGGAAGAGGGUGCCUGCUCAAACAGUCCCGAGUCUUGUUGAAGGUUGGCUGCACUGCAGAGCAGGGGGAAAAGCACAGAGAAGGGACCUUGAAGGAUUUCGGGCUGCACUGCAGAAACGAUGCUACUGCAGUACAGCACUGACACAGAGGCAUGAGGUCCGCUGCCGGCCGGACCCCCAGCCUCCUCGCACCAGUGUGAGCAGGAGGCUGAACAAGGACGGUGCUGUGCUCCACUGUGGUGGAGAGGAGCGGAGCAGACGCCUGGCAGACAUACACACACUCGCACACACACCGGCUCAGAGAGACUGAGGGAGAAAGAGAGAGAGCCCACCGUCACAGCUGCGGGGCUGGGAAGCCAUUCAUCUCACUUCCACUCACCUGCUGCCCUCCCUCUCCGGUCCUGGUGAUUCCCAGCCCCCUUCCUUCCUCUCCCACCUCCUCCCUUUGUCAGUGCCCUGUCCUGCAUCCAGUCCUCAUUCAAUCUGGACCACACCUGAGAAUACAGACUAUCUCAGGGCAAGGGGCUUCGGCUGGUCACCCCCAUACCGACCUGCAAUGCACCUGUGAUUCAUGCAGCGCUUCUGGAUCCUGUCUGCGUCUGUCAGGGCUGAGAAUGCAUGAUUACCCAUGAUCAACCCCAGCAUUAAUCACAACGUCCUGCAGCUUAUGGAAUUAAAUAGAUUUAUCAAAAGCAUAACUAAGGAUCUGAGAUAAUCGAGCUCACAUGGACUGAUCUCCACGAGGGCUGUGAAUAUUUCAUCAUGACAACAAUGCCCUCUCGCUUUGGCACUGCGGUGCGGAUCUUCAUCACCACCCUAUUCGCAGCAGUGGUGCUUUUUGCCAUCCUAUUGGCUUAUGUGACAGGUUACCAGUUCAUACACACCGAGCAGCACCACCUGUCUUUUGGCUUGUACGGUGCCUUUCUGUCCCUCCAUCUCCUCCUGCAGAGCCUCUUUGCCUACCUGGAGCACCGGCAAAUGCGUGGCCCCUCCAGACCCCAGCACCUGCGCCGCACCGUGGCCCUCUGCAUCGCAGCCUAUCAGGAGGAUCCGGACUACCUUCGCAAGUGUCUUCGGAGCAUUCGCCGCAUUUCUUUUCCCGGGCUUAAAGUAGUGCUGGUGGUGGAUGGGAAUCGACAGGAAGAUGGCUACAUGAUGGACAUCUUCCAGGAGGUGAUGGGGGGAGUGGAGCAGACAGGCUGUGUGGUGUGGAAGGGAAAUUACCAUUGCGACGGGGAUGGGGGAGCAGGGAAAGGCUCUUUGCAUGCCGAGGAGGCUGCACGGGUGGCAAGAGUGGUGCGAAGCUGCCGUUACUCCUGCAUCAUGCAAGAGUGGGGCGGCAAGAGGGAGGUCAUGUACACAGCCUUCAAAGCACUGGGAGAUACUGUGGAUUACAUACAGGUAUGUGAUUCAGACACUGUACUUGAUCCUGCAUGCACCAUUGAGAUGCUGAAGGUUCUAGAGGAAGAUCCGGAAGUGGGUGGGGUUGGAGGAGAUGUUCAGAUUUUGAACAAGUAUGACUCCUGGAUCUCCUUCCUGAGCAGUGUCCGUUACUGGAUGGCUUUUAAUGUGGAGCGGGCAUGUCAGUCUUACUUUGGAUGCGUGCAGUGCAUCAGUGGACCUCUGGGAAUGUACCGCAACUCUCUCCUCCAGCAGUUCCUGGAGCAAUGGUACCACCAGACCUUCCUAGGAAGCAAGUGCAGUUUCGGAGAUGAUCGGCACCUCACCAACCGCGUCCUCAGCUUUGGCUACAAAACCAAGUUCACUGCACGCUCACAAUGCCAAACCGAGACCCCCACGCAAUACCUGCGCUGGCUCAACCAGCAGACCCGCUGGAGCAAGUCUUACUUUCGAGAGUGGCUCUACAAUGCCCUUUGGUUCCAUAAGCACAGCCUCUGGAUGACCUAUGAAUCUGUGGUCACUGGGUUCUUCCCCUUCUUUCUGGUGGCUACAGUCAUCCACUUGUUUUACCGAGGCCGGUUGUGGAACAUCUUGCUCUUCUUGCUAACAGUGCAGCUGGUGGGCAUGGUGAAAGCCACCUAUGCCUGCUUCCUGCGGGGUAGGCUGGUCAUGAUCUUCAUGUCACUGUAUUCACUACUCUACAUGUCAAGCCUGCUGCCUGCUAAGAUCUUUGCCCUGUUGACUAUUAACAAAGCAGGUUGGGGAACAUCAGGCAGGAAAAAGAUAGUAGUAAACCUUAUUGGGGCUGUGCCUGUUACCGUGUGGGCAGCCAUACUGCUUGGUGGCGUGGUUUACACCAUUUACUGUGAGGUUCAAGAGCCCUUUAGUGAGACAGAAAAGGCUCUCCUCAUCGCAGGCACCAUACUCUAUGGCUGUUACUGGCUCAUACUCCUGGUGCUCUACCUGGCCAUAGUGGCCAAGCGCUGUAACAAAAGAGAGGAACAGUAUCAACUAUCCUAUGCUGAAGCCUAGCAUGGUUUCUCCAAGAGAUCUCUACAUGCUGUCAGAGGUCAUUUAAAAUGGCCCCGUCCUUACCUGGUGCUGCAAUCCUGGUUAUAAUUAUCCAGGAAUGUCGGUUGUUUGAUGGUUAUUUUUUAGCCUAAGUUUUUAGCUAUGGCUACUUGAGAAGUUUCAAACCGUGGGGUUUUAAUGAGAGCCAUAAUUUGCAUAGGCUGAAAUCAGGAAUGGUGCUUCUCGUGAUUAUAAAGCACACAAUAAGGAGGUGGCCAGCCAGCCAAGGUAGGAACAAAAUGUUGAGCCAAAGUUUAGUGUAAGAGUGGUAAGUUCAUGUAAUUACGCUGACGCACUCAUAUUAUGUUUAUUUUGGUGCUUGGACUUAUAACUCUAUAGAAUGUGAACUGUUGAGAAUAGAGAGGUGUGUGCCAACACUUGAGGAAACCUGCGUAAGACACUAAGCUUGCCAAACCCAGUCAGUAUUUUAACGUCCUUUAUCUGACAAUCCAGCAUAAUUCUGUAUUUCAUUGUGGUGCUUCCCAUACUUUUGUGGGGUAACAUAAUAGAUAGAACCAAUAGUAUUUAAAUGAGAGUUUUAUGGUUCUCCGCAAAGAUUUACUUCGCUGUACAUGUUUACAGUUUAUGAAUAUCAAGUACCAUCCAGUUCCAGUGAAAAUGUUAACGUCAGGCAACCAAAGAGGAUUUUCUAGAGCAUAUAGAAUGUUUUGUUCCAGCGCGAUUGGUUAAAAAACUGGUCUAUUUUUAUUCCCAUUCUCCUUUUUACCUAUACAACAAACUUGGUAGAAGUAUAUCAUUUUUAUUAUUAUUUUAAUUAUAGGUGGUGAAACCAUAGACAUACCCAACAUGGUCAGUGAUGCUUAAAUUAUAAUUUUGUUUCCCCCUCAGUCUUGAGAAUUUAAAUUUCAUUAAAAGAAAAAGAAUAUCCAGUUAUACUGCCUAAAACGUCACACAUUACAUGUUUGUUUACAGACUUUGAAUAGCAUUUUUAACAGUCAUUUUCUACUGAGGUUCAUAAUUUAAUAUUUCAUUCAUGCUUCCUUACCUGUUGAGAAUUUUAACAUAAGAGGCAUGUGGACUUGGGAUGCCGUGAUAUUUACUGCUUUUUCUCACAACAAACUGAUUAUUGAUAAAGUAUAUGUUAGCUAAAUCUGCAUGUUAGCCAGAUCGGACUACCUUUGCAAAUUCAUUUGACCCUUUGCUGUAACAUAUAAUAAACUUACUAUAUUAUUCUUAUUAGUUUAAGAUGUUCAGUUACCUAGAGAGGCAAUUACAAAAAAUAGUGAACUGAAGUAACUUAUUUAUGGUAUGCAAAAUUUAAGAUGACUACAUAUAUAUAUAUAUAUGAAUCAAAGGUGUACAGUGGGCCGUUUUUCCACCCUCAGCCCACCCAUACAACAAUUAGCAGAUUUACAUCAGUAGCGGUUCACUAUGAAUGCGAACGCUAGCUUUUUCUGCUCCCUUCCCCCCAAAACACACAUUAAACUCUGGGAGAGAUCUAAACACUGAGGCUAGUGUGCAUGUGUGUCCAAGUUUAGAGAGAAGCUUUGAGUUCAUGAAACACUUCUGCUCGAGCAUUACAUGUGAUAACGGUCUUAGAAGUGAACUGCUGUGGACGUCCUUUAAGGUUGCAGAAAUAAGGUGAUGAUUCUGAUGACACAAUGCGAUUAUGAAAUCAGAGCUGUAUCAUGUUUACAAGCAAAUUGCAUUGGAAUUUUACAUUUGUGUGUUUUCAGAUUUUAUGCAAUUCAUUGUAGGCUGGGUGCCAAACUUUGAAGACCUCCUCAGGAACAGAGUACGGGGCUUAAAAAUUAGACAUCGACAAAUUGGGUUUAAGCAAUAUACUAGCGGUAGAAAUAGAGCCACGUUUACAAUGGGAAAGAAGUUUUGCUGUGCUGUCUGCCAA